AUGCCAGGCUGGCUUCCUCUCCCUCACAUAGUCUCGGGCUACUGUGUCCACCCAUUUCACCCUUACCCUACACCGCCCGGCUCUCCGACCCAGCUUGGCGAGCCCGGCCCUUCAUCCGCCAAAUCGCGCCUCAGGAAUCGAUUUUCAUGGUCCGGGCUGGCGUCUCCCAAUGCUGGGAAUGUCCGGGAGGGAUUCGGGGAGAAGACGAAUGCGUAUGAAGUGCCGCUGGAUGUGGGGGAUGAGUUCUUUGCCUUCGAGGAGUAUCGUUGUGUGGGGGAGGAAGGGGGAAAGGGGGAGGUGUGGUACAGAGGCUAUGUCAUCCAGGCAGUAUCCCUACUGUCCUUAUCGCCUAUGCCCAACCCCCGACCUAAUCCACCUCUCACUUCCUCUUCCGCUUUCCCUCGUCCCGAGCCAUCAGUUCUGGUCGGCAUAUUUCCUGCUUCAGUCGUCCAGGCGCGACCCGUGACAGGCGAAGACCCCGGCGAGCCGUCAGAGGCAUACCAAACCGCAGUCCGAAUGGCGGAAGAGCGCUCUCGGCACGCUGUCAAGGGUUACGGGAUGGGCGUUGUACAGGAGGAAGACGAGUCUGAACUCUCGCCGGGAAAGUCGACGCUCGUCAGUCCUGGCCUGGGCGGGGAUGGAGUUGUGGUGGAAGUCCAGGCGGAUGGGAAGCGGAGGUCGAUAGGGAACGGCCUGAACGGGAAGCCUAGGCCAAAGUCUCUUUUGGCAUUGACGGGGACGAACCUCGAUCCAGACGAUGAGAAAGAGCAGCCGCCGUUGCCAACUUUGACAGCCGGCGACUCGACAUUGGCGGGGCAGCAGUGGCCUCUCAUCGAUGAGAUAGCGUGUGCUAUACGAGAGUGGUACGGUCGUAUACCCUCCUAUCUCGCGAACAGGGAAUAUCGCAUCUUCAACCUCGUCGUCCAGCACAUCGACGCCCUUUUCCUUGGUCGGCGUCAACUCCUCUCACAAACCCUCAGCGCAGACGAGCUCAUCCGUGUGCGGCGGGAAUGCGUAUCGAGGCUGGUCAAGUGCAAUGUCGCUCAGGGACUCGAGGUGAUCGUGCGCAGUCUGGAAGAUGGGAGCGUCAUGGUGGUGGACAAGAGCAGAGCGGUGGGCGCAUCGGGAUACAUGACUGGAAUCACCGCAUAUGUGUAUCAAGUACAGCUCGCCUACAUCGACCUGAUACCUCUCGAUACUCUAUUCGGCCGGAUGCCCUCCUCCAUCCGGGCAGACCCGCGCCGAUCACUCCAAACCAUCACUCAGCCCAGCCUCAACCUCCCCGGCUCAUUCUACCACCUCCUCCUCGACUUUCGCGCUUUCGUCGCGUCGCCAUGCGCACCUGGCGAAACAGCCGAGCUGUACUUUUCCUUGUUCAGCAAGGCAGAAAAUCAGUUCAUCACUGAAGAAUACUGUCUUAUCCUGAACCACCUCGGCAGUCCCGCUCGGGAUGCGGAACAGCGACUCGGGCGACUUCGGACCCUCUUUGUUGACCUCAAGGGAGAAGAGGUCAACGGCCAGGUGUACCUCGUCUGCCGGCUCAUCCGGAACGGCGCCAUCAACACUCGCCUCGAGGCCAGCUCCAGCGGGUCGGGAUACGCCGACUCCACGACCUCUCGUCGGCCGAGCACCCUUCGACCUACCGGGACGUACCUCUCCCCGCACAGCGAGACGCUUCGCAGCAAGGUGUCAGUCGCGUCGAUGAUCACGGACGACUCCUGGUCCAUCACCUCGGGUUUCGGAGGUCAUCGCACCAACACCGCCGACACAUCCUAUACUGCUGCCGGGAGCAUAGUGGAUGGUCGACCGUCAUUCCGCCGUCCGCUGGGGUGCGCGGUACUUGAGCUACCUAGAGGCAACAAGAUGCUCAGUGAUGGUGGCGAAAAGGGCGGGAUGGAGUUUUCGAUCCCGAUCUUUGCGCCUCUCAGCGAAGAAUCGUUUGCUACCUUACACGAGGACAUCAUAUAUGGGCGGAUGAAAGAUUUGAUCGCCUAUGUCCGAGGGGAAGCGCUGAUCACCAGGGCUGAAGCUAUCGCUCUUGGCGUCCGAGUCCUACACGGCGAUGUCGAGCAGCUUGUGCACGAGCAUCCCUCCAUUCUAGCCGAGACCCCCAUCUCAGCUCGUCUCGGCUUUCCGGAUAUCGUCCCACCCCACAUCACUCGAAAUGACAUCUACGUCAAGCUCUGGUCCGCCUCCUUCUUCCCCUCGGCCGGUGGCGGCGGUGGUUCUAUCCGGCUCCGCAAGUCCAUCGUUCCCUCAAAUCUCGGCAACGUCCAAAUAUCGGUCGAGGUGCGCAAGGCCGACGGAGCGCUCAUUCCCGGUGCGAUGUUUGCUGGUGGGUCAGGCGAGCCACCAAUACCCCAGUUCCACUCAAUGUGCUUCACACAUACGGACCGACCCACGUACGGCGAGCUGUUAAAGGUGUCUUUGCCAGCGGCGGUGGGGGAUGCGCAUCUGUUCCUCACUUUCCGGAGCAGAGGGAAGGACAGGCAUCUCAAUGCCGAUGCGGGAGAGUUGGAGCGGCCUUUUGCUGUUGCCCAUCUACCCCUCGUCAGCGCUGGCGGAGCAAUCAAGGACGGGGCGCACAAUCUAGUCCUCUACCGCCUGAACAAGCAGCAAGUGCCGGGCCCGAACGUCUACCUCGGUUGUCCUCCCACUACUACCGCCAACGAAGCGCUCAGCCGGAGUAUGACUGCCUUGCGGGAUCGCGUGACGGUCCGGACCUUCCUUGCGUCUACGGUCCACUCGCAGGAUGAUACACUCCGCGCCCUCUUCUCCUGGCAGAACCUGGAUGUCCCGGCUCUAUCCUCCAUCCUGAACACCUUUUCCUUUGUCAGCGAAGACGAAAUCGCCAAAUUUGUCCCCUCGGUCCUUGACGCCCUCUUCGGUAUCCUCACUUCCAACCGGUCCGAGCUCGACGCCCUCGUCUUUUCCUCCAUCGUCAAGGUCCUCUCCAUGUCGACUGACCGGCGCUUCCCCAGCUUUACCGCCGCGCUCGACGUCUACAUCUCUCAGCAAUUCAAUCGGCCCGCCUCGGCUUCGCAACUCCUGGCAAGCAUGAAAUCCGUCAUGUCUACGCCAAACACCAAGUCGUAUCGCUCCUUCUUGAAGGUCUGGCACCUCUUCUUCCGCUUCAUCAUCCGCUCGCGGGAGCUGGAUCGGGCGCGGGGCGUCGGCCUCGACGCGACCUCGGCGCAUAUUGAGGCGGACUUUCAACGUCAAGUCAAGUCGGUCCUCUCGGAUAUCAACGCGCUUAUGGCGUCGUCGGACCAGGGCCUGAUCGGGACCCAGACAUUGGCGGUGCAGCACUACGCGGACGUCUUGCCUUCUCUUGCAAAGAUAUUCCCGCCCGUCGAGAUUGCGCAAAUGAUCAUCGCGUUCGCAGACACCCUUACUCCGGCGAAGGGAUCUAUGGCAAUAUACAAGCUCCUACUGCUUCUGCAGGUCGUCAAGAGCGUGUUUGACUCGUCAGCGAGUCGGGGGCUGUUGAUCCCUGCGUUGGUACGGUGGGUAAAGCCGCAUUUGGGAAAAUAUGAAGAGGGGUUUGGUCAAGCAGGCGAGGAGAAAGCUAGGGACAUGAAGCGGAUCAAGUGGAUGGAAUGUAAUCGGCUGGCAGUUACUGUUAUCGCUUGGACCAUCAACAGCCUGCAGGAGUGGCUCGACUCGGAUGUAGUGCUCGAAUCGGAGGAUCUGCGGAUUCAAGAGCAGGAUAACCUGGAGUACUGCUUGACUCUACUACCCAAUCUUUGCGAUUCCUACGCCGAACUCCGCAACUCCUCUACGCAAUCAACCCUUAGCCGCCAGAAGACCGAAGGCAGCAUCUGGAAAGCGACUCCAGACAUCUUCCCUAUCUCCCAUCCCUUCUCGCUCGUCUCGCAGCUCCCCCCGCCUUCUCUCCUCGCGCAAAACCAACACGGCGACGAGUCCGGCUUAGCCGAGAUCGGGACGUUCAAUUGCGGUCUUGCCGAAUGCGCUGUCGUCAUCCUCUCUUUGGUGCUCGCAACCCCUCGGGCCAAUAUCGAUCGAUACCUUCUCGAGAUGCUCGAUAUCGAGGGCAAGGAGCGGACAUCGGCCCGCCUCUUGGGUAUCAUAUCAUUCUGCAGCUCGGUCAUCCACUUCCACGCGUUCCCGAAACAAUGGCUCUCGCUCUCCCUCAUGGCCUUCUCGGCGAUCAUCAAGCUCCUGUACCCUAUCAUCGACCUUCUCCAGCGUCCGGACUUCAUCCCGCCCCUGGAGGAGGCGGAGGGGUUCGACGCCAGUCUCUUCAUGGCUACUUUCGAGCUCCUGUGUGAUUUGUGCGGAUCUGAAGAGCUGGCGCUCGAGGAUCAUACGCAGCAGAAGAGGAGGGCGGGAUGGAUCAUCGCGGGUGAUCUGAGGGAUGAGGGAUCGAGCUUGUUGCUUAACCUCUGGGGGGCACUAGGAUGGUCUGAGGAGGGAGGAAGUGGAUUGCGGCAUGGCGGAUAUCAGACUCGUUUCACCGGUCUAGCGGAACGUAUCCUCGGCUUGUGCCUUUCGAGCCACGAUCAGCUGUGCGAAACGGCGGUGGAGAUCCUUUACUCGAUGAUUUAUGCCGAGUACCUCUUGCUUGGCAAGUUCAGCGGGAUCGAGACCGAGAUAUUCGCCAAGCUCGAUGGAUUGUUCUCGCAGAAGUCAGCAGCUACCGCCGACCCCAGCGACAGCACCAUGCGCGCCUACUUCAUCACCCAGCUUCGAGAAGCAUACGAGUCCAAGCCGUCCUCCGAUCCCGCCUUCGCCCUUCAAUUCUCUACCUUCCUGGACGAAGUUGAGCUCUUCAUCGACCUGCUCCUGGCCGUUCGGGACCUCCCUGAGUCUGUUGAAUGGAAAGAUGAGCGCGCUGGCGCCAUCUAUCGGUUGAUGGACUAUAUAAAGCGCGUGGGAAGGAGCGAGCUCUAUGUCCGCUUUGUACACCAGCUGGUCACGAUCAACCUGGAAGCGAAGGACUGGUUGGGUGCUGGGCUGGCUAUGCGGAUGCAUGGUGAGGCGUACGAGUGGACGAUGGAUGGCGGACUGGUGGAUCGCUGGGGUGGGGAGGGGAUCAAGUUGCCGGCGCAGACGCAGUUCGCGAGGCGGGAGACGGAGGCGUACGAAUACGCCUUGGAGCUAUGCCAAGAACUCACCACCCAGCACAUGGCGCUCACGUAUGAUGUGAAGAAGAUCACCGAGCUCUUGACGCAUCAAGCGAGGCUCUGGGAACGGAUGGGCGAGAGUAUGCGGCCCAAGCCAGAGUAUUUCCGCAUUGCGUACUAUGGGGAACAUGCGUCCGUCAACCAGGGCAAGGAGUUCAUUGUCCGUGGUCUUCCAUGGCAGCGAUAUGUCGAUUUCUGCGAGAGCAUCCAAGUCAAGUUCCCUCGUUCGACAACCCACCGCUCCAAGAUCGCCCCAACUCCCGCGGCGAUCGAAGCAGGCGACAUCAUCUGGGUCACAUCUGUUCAUCCCGAGCCGGACGCGUCGCACCCUGCGCUCAGACCGGGCGUGCAUCCGAAUAUACAGGCAUACCAUCGCAGUAAUGGAGUCAGGAGAUUCUGCAGCUCGAGGCCGUUCGUCAAGGAUGGAGUGGGCAGUCCGAAGCUCGGAAUGGGUGGAGGAGGCGGGACUGGGGUAUUGACAUGGACCGAGAAGACGACUUUGACAACUGCCGAUAUCCUACCGGGCUUGCUGAACCGCUCCGAGGUCAUCGACGUUCAGUACGAGGAGAUUUCGCCCUUGUCCUCUGCUAUCGCCGAGAUCAAGCGGGGAACGUCAAGUCUGAACGAUCUGUUCCACUUCAAGCCUGGCCAGAAGCUCGAUGUGAAGCAGCUCGGAACAGCAUUGAACGGCGCGGUUGACUCGCCCAUCAACGGCGGGGUCAAGCUGUAUCGCGAGACCUUCCUCGAUGCGGCUUACAUCCGGGACCGCCCUGCCGACGCGACCCAGCUGGACGAGUUCCGGACGGUAUAUGAGGAGUAUGUGGAGACUGUGCAUGGGGGACUACAGCUGCAUGGCAAGGUGUGCAAGGAUAUUGCAUUCCACGAGGCUUUGAAGAAUCGUACGUCUACUCUGAUGGCGGUCCGGAACGAACAUUAG